GAUCCUCCGUACGGGCCGGGAUGGUAUAAAGCCACUAUAACCCUUAAAGCCCCAUCAGUAAAGUAACGUCCGUGUUGUUGUAACGCUACUCCCUUUCCGCAAUCUGAAGGAAGAUAUCUUACUUGAGGUGGCUAAAAUUCGAAGCAAUCGUCACAGUCUAUCGAGAUUUUGCUAGCAUACUAGAAGCUAGGACGCAUGGAAAGCUCGGCCGGAGAGCCUGUGGUGGCACAUGUGCUACGACGUCAGCCAUCUUUCUGCGUUAGCAAAACACCACGUCCAAUACGACAAGUACUUCCUGUUUUUCUUGAAGCGGAUCCGGAUCGACACUACAGCCCUCUCAAGAGCUUGGACGCCUCUUGGAUCGGGCAAUAUCGACGCCGGGAGGCUCGACAACUGGUCUAUGUGACGAGACUACACGAUGUCAUCCUCUCAGACAUCAGACAGUUAUCUCAGUUAUCACACACCAACCUAGCGCGGCCAGUUGCCGUAUAUAGUCACUAUAAUCAGUCGCAUAUCGCUGUCGAGUUCAUUGAUUUCGCACUUACGGACAUAACGCCGCUCACCGAGAUCGAGAUAUCGAGUGCGAUGAAGCAGGUCCUCACUGCUACGAUCUAUUUGGAGAGGAAGAACAUUAGUUUCCGUUUCGAUUUAGCACGUGUCGACCUGGGCGGAACUGUGAAAAUGACACUGGAUUACAAUCACGGACCCUUGACCGGUUUGGCCUCCGGAGAGCACGAGCCAGAGGUUGCAGCCUUCCUCGAGAGAACAAUGUCGGCAGUCGGCCCAAAAAUGCAAGAUUGGGGCCCGCGCGCGUCGCAUUUCCUGGCACGCCUCCAAGCUGGUCACAUCCCGACUUUGAAGGUAGGGACUUUCUAAGAAAAUGAUAUUGCCGCUGAGAUGAAUAGCAUCCAUUCCUAGCUCUGGCACCAGGCGAUAGCCACCUGCAAGAGGCUUGCCGUUUUGCUGCACGACGACGGAUGAUAUAGGAAACCUACUGAUAGCCCCCCCCACCAAACAGGCCCCUGUUCGCUCUGGAUUGUCGAAUAAAGCAUUAUCACGCUUUGCGCGCAUCGCGAUUUCUAGGUCGAGUCACAUUGCGUAUUAUAGAUGCGUGGCCUAGAAAUUGAACGGGCUCUGCCCUACACAGUAGUCACUUCUCAAUUUCCUUUGCAAGUCCGGGGGAGACACACGACAAAAUAAUGACUCAUGCACCAACAUGCAUAUGAUAGCUGGCUGACUAACACAAUCGACAAAGGUCAAUAGAUUCAAAGAGUG